UUUUGGUCUAAACAGCGGGGUGCAGCUCGACUACAACUUGCAAGGUGGACGCCAGGUUCCUUCAAUUCAUCUAUUUAAGCGCAUACAAUCAUCCGCAAAGUAGUCCACGAUGGCAGAAGGGCCAGAUCCAGUCGACUCGAUGCUCGAUCUGAUGCGUCGUCUCCCGCCUACCAAGGUCGAGGAGAACGUGAACGCGCUCAUACAGAUCUGCCCGGACUAUGCAGAUGAUCUUCUAGGUAGCGUCGACCAGCCGCUGAAGGUUAGAACAGACCGUGCAACAGGAAGGGACUAUCUUGCAUGCGAUUAUAAUAGGGAUGGAGAUAGUUAUCGAUCACCUUGGUCGAAUGAAUACGAUCCUCCGCUAGAAGAUGGUACAGCACCAACGCCGAAGCUUCGCAAGCUUGAGAUUGCCGCCAAUGAGGCAUUCGAUACAUAUCGCGAACUAUAUUACGAAGGUGGUGUGUCGUCUGUUUAUCUUUGGGACCUCGAGGAUGGCGGAUUUGCAGGCGUUGUGUUGCUCAAGAAGGCGAUGACACCCACAAGCCCUGACGAGCCCUCGGGUUCAUGGGACUCGAUCCACGUUUUUGAGACCGCAGAACGCGGAAGACAGGCACACUACAAGCUCACGUCUACAGUCAUGUUGGAGCUUGUGACGAAACAGAACAAUAAAGCUGAGGAAACCUCCGUUCUCGGCGAACCAGAAAAAAAGACUUCUGAGCAAGGAUGGAAGUCGUCGGGGGAAAUCACGCUAAGUGGAAGUAUGACGAGACAGACAGAGCAGGACUGGCCUGUUCAUGAACCGACUUCUCAUAUCACGAACACAGGAAAGAUGAUUGAAGAGAUGGAAAUUAAAAUGAGAAAUCUCCUCCAGGAGGUGUACUUCGGGAAAACACGUGAUAUUGUCUAUGAUCUGCGAAGCGUGGAUGACUUGGAAAAAGCGCGACGACAGAGAGAACUGCAGAAAGAGCUGGCUGGGUUUAUCAAGCGUUAGUAUAUACCCGAGGUGUUCCUUGGUUGUAGCAGUACAGUUCAUCUACAUAGUGUAACGAUCCUGCAGUUUUCACCCAAACAUACGGAUGUUUUGAAGUUCCAGUAAAGAUACGGUCG